ACCCAGAGUCCUACUCAACUACUAGAGCCUGGUACGAUGAGCCACUUCGUGCGCCAGAGCAAGUUCCGUCACGUGUACAUCGAGCCGGCCAAGUUUGAGUCCUGCUACACGAAUGUGCGGCUGGCAACGGCGACGGGUGAGCAGAACUAUAUCAAGGGUAACACCAAGUUCUUCGCCGUGUCCAUCCAGGCAGGUGGUGGCGCCAUGGCUGUAGUUCCCUACGACAAGGUGGGCAAAUUUGAUCCGGAUUUUCCGCUCAUCUCAGGCCACCGUGGCGCCAUCUUGGAUUUCGACUUUAACCCGUUCCACGAACACCUAAUCGCCUCAGCCUCAGACGACACCACUAUCAAGAUCUGGGGCAUUCCCGAGGGCGGUUUGGCCGAGACCUGCGUGGAUCCCCUCGUGGACUUGGCUGGCCAUGGCCGCAAGGUGACGCUCAUCAAGUUCCACCCUACGGCUAACAAUGUGCUGGCCAGUACGUCGUCCGACUUUUCCGUGCGGUUGUGGGAUAUUGAGAAGGGUUCGGAGAUCGUCAAGCUGGAAGACCAUGGAGAGAACCUGAUUCAGGACUUGGCUUGGAGCUGGACCGGUAGUCUGCUUGCCACCACCUGCAAGGACAAGGUCGUGCGUCUCUACGACGCUCGUUCCGGCCAGAUCGCCGCCCAGAAAGAAAAUGCCCACAUGGGCACCAAGAGCGUCAAGAUGAACUUCCUCGGCAACAAGGAGACGUUCGUCACGGUGGGCUUUACACGUCAGAGUCAGCGUCAGUUUAAGGUCUGGGACCCGCGUAACCUCGACAAGGAGCUCAAGAAGGUGGACAUUGACCAGGCCGCAGGUGUCAUCAUGCCAUUCUACGACCCCGACACAAACCUCCUGUACCUGUGUGGUAAAGGUGACGGUAACAUCCGCUACUACGAGAUGUCGGAAGGUGAGCCAUUCGCCUUCCCUAUCAGCGAGUACCGCUCGACGACUUCUGCGAAGGGUAUGGCUAUGAUCCCCAAGCGUGGGUGCGAUAUCAUGAAGUGCGAGUCUGCGCGUCUGCUGAAGCUGACGUCGAAUGCUAUUGAGCCACUGCACGUGUUCGUGCCUCGCAAAUCGGACGCUUUCCAGGACGAUAUUUUCCCUGACACGUACGCCGGCAUUCCCUCGAUGACUGCCGAUGACUGGCUGGGUGGUGCUGAUAAUUCGCCAGUGCAGAUGUCUCUCCGUCCGGAGAUGCAGGGCAAGAUUACCAACGAUGGUAAGCGCUCUCGCUCUGCAUCCAAGGCGAACAGCGUCGGUGCCGGCAUUGCGGCUCGUGUGGCUCGUUUCGCACGCGGCGGCAGUAAGAACGACAACACGCCCGAAGGCAAGCUUAAGACCGAAUUGGACAGUGCAAAUGCACGAAUUGCGGAGCUGGAGAAGCUGCUUCGUGACAACGGCAUCUCGUACUAAAGCAGCGUCAGGAGAGGACUGACUGCUGCGAGGGGGACUAUUAUCCCCGAUCACGGUUGGAUUGGAAUGCCGUUAGGACGACGCUAAUUGUCGCUUCGUUCUCUGUUUUGGCUCUUGCAGUCGGAACCAAAUACUUAUUAGAUUCGUGAGCAAGCAAGAGGCCUACGCACGCACCGAGUGAAGAGCAGGACAGCGAGAAUACCAAGAAGAGUGUGAGAAUACACGCAAGUGCAUGUCGAACAAAAACUGUGUGUCUUUC